AUGGAUGACUUGAGAUGCAAGUCAUAUAACGAUUCCAGAGGACAAGUCGAAAGCUACAGUUAUUCUACUGAUUUUGGUAACGGUUACAGCGAACCCAGUUCAAACCCAAGUGGGUUUCGAUGUUAUAGUGCUUCAUAUGCAUCGAAUAACACUCGGAUGGAGUUGUCCAAGGAAGUGAAGUUUAAGAAAGGGAAGUCAAGUAAUGGGUCAGUUUCUAAGAGCUGGAGUUUCAAUGAUCCAGAGUUGCAGAGGAAGAAGAGAGUGGCUAGUUAUAAGGUUUACACGGUUGAAGGAAAGGUUAAGGGAUCCAUAAAGAAGAGUUUUCGUUGGAUUAAAGAAAGGUGUACCAAAGUAGUCAAUGGCUGGACCUGA